AUGGUGAACCCAACCAAAGCAAAUCAACGGGAAAAAGAAAUCGAUGUGGCCCGAUGCAAGGGUAAUUGGGAUGCGAUACCAGAACUGGCAAGAAAAUUCCGAAAACACAGUGCAUCAGGAAUAGUGCUCGAGCAAACAGCACUAGCAGAAUAUGCAUUGGUGAAAGCAAUUGAAAAGACCGAGGCAGAAAAAGGUUUUAGGGAAGAAUCCUACGAUGAUGACUCUCCAAAUAACAUCACAUUUCCGCCAACCGUUGAGGAAUCGUCAGCUGACGAUAUAUUUGCAAAGUUGGAAGUCGCAUUGUCUCAAGCUUCUGGACAAGAGAAAGAGUACGUGUCCAUCAUACUAGCAAGAGCAUAUUACGUUAUCGGACGAUAUGACAAAUGCGCCGAGGCCCUGAGCACUGAAUUUGUGCCACAAAACUUGCCAUCUGGGUAUAAUUUUGUGUUAAUUAUUCAAGCGUUGACAGUAGGAGGAAUGGCUAGGGAGAUGCUCGAAGAUAAUGAUGGAGCUAUCGCAUGUUAUGACCAGGUCGUUAUUCUUUUAGCCCAAAAAUCUGGUGAAAAAUCGGAGCAAUUGGCACGAUGGUCCGAAGAAGCUUUAUAUAGAUCAUCAUUAUUAAAAGUGCGAUUAGGAAAUGCGAGUGAUGCACUUCAAUCAUUCCGGACCUAUCAAACCUAUGUCGCUUUAUGGGGAGAGAAGUUCUGCCUUCAUAAAAGAGUUAUAAUUUUCAAGAAUUUUAUUAAAAUUCUUUCAAAGUCAUAUCAAGAGGGAACCUAUGUUCCUCCAAGUUCCUCCGCUCCUAUGAGCGACAAAUCCUCCGUAUAUACUCCUUACACAUUUCGCGUUGAAUUGACGGGGCUGCAUUACUCGUAUGAGAAUGUGUUAUACCAGAUUACUCCAUUUCCUAAAGCUGGAGAAUCUAACUGGAGGGUUCUGGAGUUUGUUGACCAGGUUAUUUCUGACUGGGCUUUAUUGAACAGAGGAACAACAGUAGAAAUGAAAGGACUCAUUGAUAUGCUUUAUCGUGCCACCCAUAAAACAUUCCAAUCCCCUAGGAUUUUGAGACACCUUCUAAACACUCUUAUUGCUUAUGGCGAUUACGAAGAAGCAGAAUUAGCGAUUAACGCCUAUGUUUCCAUAGUUGAAAAGGUCAGAGAAACCAGUAAAGAUGAAAUAGAAAAUGCAUCUAAAAAAACAUCCUCGAAAAAAUAUACAGAUGUUGAAAGUACAAAACAUGUCGUGCAAACAUUGAUUGUUGGAUCUGAGUUGAUGGCAAAAUAUCUGAAUAAAGCCAAAGAAACUUUGGAUUUUGCACAAAGGGCAAUUUCCUGGUGUGAGGAUGAAGAUGGAGGUGUUGACAAUGAAUUGUUGGCACAUGCGUGGCGUUGCAUGGGCGUCGGUUAUAAUUUAAUGGCCCGAGAAGAGAGAGACCCCGAAUGUCGCUCACGUUUACACACAAGUGCUAUUGAUGCACUUACAAAAUCGACUUCAUUUGAUUCCAACGUAAUUGAGACCCACUAUCUAUUAGCCUUAGAACACGCAAUAACUCGAGACAUUAAUCAAGCAAAUAUUAGUAUACGCCAGGCCCUU